AUGAAUUUAAGGCUCCUGCCGACUGUUUCGGCAAUCGCUAUAUUUGCCUAUCUUUGGAGCCUGGUAGCAGAUGCUGAGCCACAGGGUUCGGCCUGGAACGGUCACUACCUGGACAAUGGCACCCAUUAUUUGCUGUACGAGGCGCCAAAGAUCCGCAGACAGGACUAUCUGGCACUGGCGAAUAUAUCCAGCAAUCCUGCUAUAAAUGCCCUGGAGUCCCUGGAUUACCUGCCGACUCGCAUCGUGAACGGCAAGAGAAUCAGGUGCACGAGGGCUCGCUACCAGUGUGCCCUCCACUACCAAGGUUCCUUCAUCUGCGGAUGCGUUAUCCUGUCGCAUCGCUGGAUUCUUACGGCCCAUCAUUGCAUUAUUGGUAGCCCCGAGGACUACUCUGUCAGAGCAGGAUCGGUGCAACAGCGGCGAGGGGGACAGCUGCGUCGUGUCCAGAAGAUCGUGGCCCACGGAGGAUACAAUGACUUCACCAUGAACAACGACAUUGCGAUGAUGAAGCUCAAAAAGCCACUCAAGUUCAACCGGUGUUGUCGAAGGGUAAGGUUGCCUCGCAGAAGGAGGAGGAGGCGUCUGCCGCGAUGCUGCCUGGCCAGUGGUUGGGGAUUGGCAUCAGAAAACGCCCAGAACGUGCAGCGGUAUCUGCGCGGUGUAAUAGUCUGCAAGGUAAGGCGCCGCAGGUGUGUAAGAUCUUACCGAAAAGCUGGAAUCAAGAUCACCAAACAUAUGAUCUGCUACGCACGAAAGAAUCGCGACACCUGCUCCGGCGACUCGGGCGGCCCUCUGGUCCACAAAAAUAUCCUAAUUGGAAUCACGUCCUUUGGAAUCGGAUGCGCUAGGAAAAGGUAUUCAGGGGUUUACACCGAUGCUGGGGAUUACGUCAAAUGGAUUAAAAUGGUCAUGAGAAAACAUUAA